AGCAUUCAUGUAUAAAUAAGCGAAGCGUGAUGCGAAUUAAACAUCGUUCGGAUUACUUCUUUCUUCGGUUAAUUUCUCAACACUCCCUGAUCUCGCUGCAACCAUGAAAAUUCUCGGAUUACUCCUCCUUUCCGCGGCACUCUGCAGUGCCAAAUCAUUGAAUAAGCGGGCGUCGGGCCAAAGCCCUAAAGUCUUCUCGGCUUUGGAUGUCCUGCGGGGUGGAGCUAACCGGCAACUGAGCGUGGACCAGAUCCAGGAGCUGUGGCUUAGCGCCAAACCCGGCCAGGAUUUCCCGUUGAUCGCUGAACUCCCCAAAGCCUCUGUUGACUGUGCGUCGUUCCAUCAGCCGGGAUUCUAUGCCGACGCUGAUGCCGGUCAGUGUCAAGUAUUCCACCGUUGCGAUGUCAACGGCAACUUGACCAGCUACUUGUGCCCGAACAUGACCUUGUUCAACCAAAUUACACUGGUCUGUGACUGGUGGUUCAACAUUGACUGCACCCAAGCCAAGAAUUUCUACGACUACUCCAACAGCCGGUUGUACCAGGAAGGAGUUGUUCUGCUGGAUGACGAACCCGAAUACACCAUGGCCAUCACAGGAGCGGCCGCCCAGGCACCGUCCCCUGCGGGCGGCAGCGCCAGUGGUGGUAAGAAGAAGGGAGGCAAGAAGAAGUCCAAAGCCGCGGCUCAGUAAUCCGGAAUCCGCCCUGAUACUGUUUAGCGAAACUCGAAACUAAAGUUUUGUACCAAUGAAUCAAAUGGUUGCAGGCAGCCAUGAUACAGCAUACUUUGAACCUACAUAAUUGGUGAUAAGUGUUAUGCUCUGUUUGUGCAUUUAUAUAAAUUUUUUUAAACGUGCAUCUUUGUACUCGUAUCAUUGAAACGCAUCCUUAUUCGAUGAUAAGGAUAAUACAUAAACUGCAAUCUUUUUUCGAAGUGGUAACGCUUUUUUUCAUGAUGCGCACAUUCAAAAAAAUUAAAA